GUCAUGGAAAGCCAGUCUUUUCAAUGCAAACUUCAACUCCUCCUCCUCCUCCCUCUAAUGCCUGUAACUCACAGCCGACGCUGGGCGAGGAAUCCGGAGGGGAGAUUUUCCUCAUGCUCAACGCUGUCGGAAACUGGGAGAGUGAGAGAAACGAGGAAGGGGAUCUGUGGCGCCGUCUACCUACUACCAGCCUAACAAGGGAAGGGGGCACCUAGAUUUGCAUCUUCUCUUCGUGGUGAUUGAGAACUGCAGGUUUAAUCGGAGCCCACUGAGCACUGGCGAUUGCUUAUUAAAAAAAAUCGACACUGGGAGAAGGGAGGCUCUGUCUUCGGCUGUCAGACUCGAUCACGGAGGUGGUUUUGGUGUGUGAGUGUGUGUGCUGGGGUUUUUUUUUUCUUUCUUUUUUCCCCCCUUUUUUUCCUUUCCUUCUUUCUUUCCUUUUCCCCCCUUCUCUCCUAGGAGCUACACAAUGGCAGUCUUCUCUCAGUGAGAUGCAUCCUGCUUUGCCUUCUGCAGACCCACCCAUCCUCAUAGCGAUCAAGUAAAAGGCUAUGGUUUUCUCUUUGGGGAUCUUUUGUGCAUUACUGUUCUCCCUGAUUAGUUCUGGACUCAGUUGGGAUUUCUUUGCUUUUUCGUUUGGCUUCAAGCUGGAAAAGGAUUUUUUCCCCACCCUUUGGUGAUAAUCCAGUGGUGAUCGAGGGGGAUAAAUCAUUCACCCUGGCCGAAAAAAAACAAUCACUGAGAAGUCUCAAAGAAAUACACCACGUGAGGGGAAAAAACUGGGAGAAGACCCGGAAUAUUAUCGUUUUUCCUAUGGUAAAACCGGUGCCCCUCUUCAGGAGAACUGAUUUCAAAUUAUUAUUAUGCAACCACAAGGAUCUCUUCUUUCUCAGGGUGUCUAAGCUGCUGGAUUGCUUUUCGCCCAAAUCAAUGUGGUUUCUUUGGAACAUUUUCAGCAAAGGAACGCAUAUGCUGCAGUGUCUUUGUGGCAAGAGUCUUAAGAAAAACAAGAACCCAACUGAUCCCCAGCUCAAGGGUAUAGUGACCAGGUUAUAUUGCAGGCAAGGCUACUACUUGCAAAUGCACCCCGAUGGAGCUCUCGACGGAACCAAGGAUGACAGCACUAAUUCUACACUGUUCAACCUCAUUCCAGUGGGACUGCGCGUUGUCGCCAUCCAGGGAGUGAAGACAGGCUUGUACAUAGCCAUGAAUGGAGAAGGUCACCUCUACCCAUCAGAACUUUUUACCCCUGAAUGCAAGUUUAAAGAAUCUGUUUUUGAAAACUAUUAUGUAAUCUACUCAUCUAUGCUGUACAGACAACAGGAAUCUGGUAGAGCCUGGUUUUUGGGAUUGAAUAAGGAAGGGCAAGUUAUGAAAGGAAACAGAGUAAAGAAAACCAAACCAGCAGCUCAUUUUCUACCCAAGCCAUUGGAAGUUGCCAUGUACCGAGAACCAUCCUUGCAUGACGUUGGAGAAACAGUCCCGAAGGCCGGGGUGACGCCAAGUAAAAGCACAAGCGCGUCCGCGAUCAUGAACGGAGGCAAACCGACCACCAAGAGCAAGACGACAUAGCCAGGUCCCCACAGGGGUUGUGACUCGCUCGUCCUGAGCCCAGCUGAGUGACUGAGCUUACAGACGUUGCUGCUCCUGUGGCUGAGGAGCAGCUGGAAGGAAGCGAACGCUGGCUCUGUGCUGUCUCGAACUUGGUUCCAAGUGGAUAGAUCAACCUGUUGCGCCCCCACAACAAGAAGACACCUGGACAACCAGCUCAACUCAGACCAUGGAAUGCCCUACCAGAUAUGGAAUGCCUUUUUAAUAUCUUUUCUGUGACUGUGACACUUCAUGUGAAUGACAUACUUCACAACUACACUCGAUACCUUGCCUGCUGACAGCUACCCAUAAUCCUUUUUGAGUCCCGUUUCAGCGAAAUCCAUGUGUUUAAGUUCAAUUUUGUAGCACAUGAAUACUCUUGAGUAAUUUCUAGUUAGACGCUGUAAACCUGUGCUAUCCUGGAUUUCUCUUCUUCCCAUUUUUACAGGCUACUCGCUCCACUGUCUGUGACCUUUUGCAGGGAUGGUUCCCUCUAAAUCUUAAAUGUUGCAGUUGGCUUAGUCUGGAGAGCGAUCAGGAAAUCAGGAAGACCUCUAAAUAUUAUUACAAAUUGCGUCUAUAGAGAUUAAGGGUGUUGUCCCCGGUUCACACUAUUGAUUAAACACACAUAUACGCUCUGUGCAGUAGCAGGUACCGCGUCCUGAGGUCGGCCGGGUGGGGAGAGAAACGAGUCGAACACAGUCCACGGGGCGCUCUCUAUGAUAUGUGUUUGACCUCCCCCUCUAGUAUCCUGUGUGUGUGUGUGUGUGUGUUUUAUACGUAUCACAAGCUUACUGGUUAUGGUAACAUUUGCCUUGCCCAGCGAGCAAGACCCACUGGUUUUUGAGAAAGUGGGUCCAAAGAACUCUGUAGGCCUUGUAGGCCUGAUUAAGGUUCAUUUUUCAUCGACUAAUCCUCAUUAUUUGGAAAAAAGGAAAAAAAAAAAAGAAAAGAAAAAUCAGUCAUUACAACCUACGAGAAUUGUGCUACCUAAAUCCAUUUCAGAUAGAAUCCUUCCUGUUUUUAAUGAACCAAACUCAAUGCCAUCCCCGGUUUGGGCUGCAUUCCACUCAUAGUCAGCAGAGCAUGGGCAGGCGGCUGUUGUGUUCUCUUCUGCGGCAGCAAUGCAAACGUUAGUUAUAAAUUAGACUUUACUAUUUUUGGUGUUUAAUGACAAGUUUUUAAACUGGACACAUUAGGAAAAAAUAUUUUUUUGAGCUCAGCAUGCUGAGUCAGGUACUGUGUCUUUCACCGGUCCAUGCCUGUCACUCAGCCCCCCAGGGCCCAGGUCGCCCGCAGGCUGGGGGAGAGGUGCCUUGCCAUGAUCUCAGAAUGCAGUCUGUUCAAUGACU